ACGCACAUUCUUGAAAACAACUCUAUUCACCCCCCCUCUAGAGUUGCACAUUUGUCUAACAAUUGGUAUCGGAGCAGGAAGUUCUUCGAAUACGUUAUUUUUCCAGGAACUAAAAGAUCAAAUGGCAUCAAGAAUGUUCAACGCAGGAGUGACCGUGGGACAAUCAACCACGAGGCCACCUUUGUUCGAUGGAACAAACUACUCGUAUUGGAAGGAGAGGAUGAGAAUCUUUAUCCAAUCCAACGACUACAAGCUGUGGUUGAUUGUGAAGAACGGCUGCGGAGUCCCGAUGAAGAAAGUCGGUGAAGUCAACGUCCCCAAAACCGAAGAGGAGUUCACCGACGAAGAUUGCAAAAAGAUGGAGCUCAACGCAAAGGCAAUAAACAUGAUUUAUUGCGGUGUUAAUGCGGAUGACUACCGCAAAAUCUCGUGGUGUGAAACCGCAAAACAAAUGUGGGAGAAAUUGGAGGUCACCUACGAAGGAACCGCGCAGGUUCGGGAGGCCAAAAUCGACCGUCUCACCCACGAGUACGAACUCUUCUCAAUGAAGGAAAACGAGAAGAUUGAGGAAAUGUUUGAGAGGUUCUCUAACAUCAUUAAUCCUCUCAAUCUUCUCGGGAAGACUUACACCGAUCGAGAACUUGUAAGAAAGGUGCUACGAAGCUUAUCCCCAAAAUGGCGUUCAAAGGUGGACGCAAUUGAAGAAGGACGUGACUUCCAAACAACAACCUAUGAUGCUCUUCGAGGUAACCUCAUUACCUACGAAACCACCCAACUCUCAAAGGUGGUUGAAGAGAAGAGCAAGAGGUCUAUUGUGUUGGAGUUGGUGCCCUUAUGGCCAACUGCUGUUGUAAUAUCUUAGAUAUUUUCUAUCAUGUAAAGGUAGAUGCAUUAAGUUUACAAACAUCUCAUGCUAAUAUAAACUCUUAAUUGCAUU